ACGUGUUCAAUCAAUUCCUCAAUGAUAUAUUCAUUUUCGCGCCAUCUCAAACUCCAGUCACUGCAGUGGGGGAAACAGAUAUUGUCAUGCAGAAAAUUCGUAUUCUCGUCAUCAACGGACCUGAGUGUUAAAGUUUAAUGUUGGAUAUGAAGGGAAAUAAAAAUUCGGAGGACCAUCAAUAAUUAACCUUUGCUGUAUUAUGGUCUGUUUUUGCAGAUAGUGUUUUGGAACAUAGGCAGUAAAAUUAUAUGACUGUACAGACUUAAUAAUCUAAACAGAAUUUCGACAUGGACCAAGAAAACAACAAUGUCCGUAAACCGAAGUUGAUUGUCUUUGAUCUUGACUACACAUUAUGGCCUUUCUGGGUGGAUAGAAAAGUGAAUGUCGAGCCACCUUUUAACAGAACGAGAGAUGGUAAAGUAUUUGACGCCUGCAGUCGAGAGGUAAAAGCAUUCCCAGACAUCGAUCCAAUUUUACACAGACUUCAUAAUGAGGGUUACAAACUCGCUGUAGCAUCAGAAGCUUUCAACAAGGAGGAGGUGAAACGCCUUGUGAAUUUCUUUGGAUGGAACAAAUUCUUUGAUUACAUAGAAAUCUAUCCUGGAUCCAAAAUAACACAUUUCCUAAAUAUUAAAAAAGACAGCGGGAUCGCUUUUCCUGACAUGAUGUUUUUCGAUGACGAGCGAGAUCAUCUCUCAGAAGUGGCACAUACCUGCUUAGGUGUCACCUGCAUUUGGGCAAACCGAGGGGUUUCAGAAGAAAUCUUGGAAGAAGCUUUUCGCGCGUUUGCAGAGAAUCAUAAGAAUGAGGUGUCAGUUGGUAUUUCGAACGGAAUCAAUAACAACAAUGGCAGUGGGACUGGUACCAAUACAAGCAGCAGCACCUUGUCUUUGAACAGCGUGGAUUCAGAUGAAUCCCAAUCAGAAACGACUGUUAUUUAUGUGCAUCGUCGCCGUGGUUCACGAGCCUCCAUCACUUACGAUGUCCCGCCAGUUAUUGACAGAGCAAUACGCCUGCGCGGACGACGCAUGUCUGCGCCUGCGCUCAGUAUCCCACAAUCCUUACAGGACAAAAAAUUGAUUUCGUGCCCCGAGAUUGUAGAAAAUUAGUGCGACUAUAAACGACAGAUUUGAUAUUGAAGUGCUAAUUUAGGUGUGAAAAUAGAUUAUUAUUAUUUAGAAAAAGGUCUUGAGAAACCAAAUGAAGGUAGUUUACAAUCAUUUAUAUUUCCAAAGUAGUAUAUAAUUUUCAUUUAAGAAUUAAGAUAGAAGGUAUUGAUAUAUGCUAUUUUAUCUAGAAUUCCAUCUUUAAGUUAUGAAAUUAAAAUUUUCAAAUGCACUCAACAAAAUAAUUGUUUGCGUAGUAUUCGUGUAUCAUAUAUUUUAAUAAUUAGAGUACCAGCAAUGAAACUUUUAACUUGUGAAUAAUUUAAACCUGUUGAUGUUUUAUCUAUUGUCGAAGUUGAUAUUAUAUGACGCGGUUUCUCUUGCCUUGUUCAUUAGGAAAGGUUUAUUCAUUUUGACACAUUUUAUCAUACAUAAACUUAUUUAUUAACAUCCUUGUAAACUGAUGCUUAUUUUUUUCAUGAUGAUGUGCCCCUUCAGUCAAAUCUGAU